AUCCUUUGAAAGGCUGGAAUUAAAGCAUUUUGCAAUGCAGAGGACUCUGACAGUGGAGAAGAAAGUUCCUGUUGCUGAGGAAUCACUAUUCAUAUCUACCAAAGAGAGUCAGGACUGUAGCAGACUCAGUCUGAAAAGGCAACGGUGCCACAAGCUACCAUUGGAAGGAGCUGUCUGCAUCUCUCGGUGCUCUACUGAGCAUGUCCCUGAGGAGCCCUGUGCUAGCAGCACAUUAUGCAAAAAGGCAGCUCCAGCAGCUGGGAGAGAGGCAGAGCAAGCCUUUGCUCCGCUUGCAUCACCGCCUCUUGAAAACAAACCUGGAUUACUCGAGAGGUCCUCGCUGCCAGGCCAGCUGAAUGAAGACGAGCGGCAUGGCUUGAUUCCUGACGCUGCACGAUUGCUAAACAACAUGGGGAACCAAGAUGGGAAGCUGAAAAGGAAUGCAGGUGAUGUGCAUGAAGGAGGCGAGGAUGCUUCUGGGCCCAGGGAUGCAGAAGGCACAAAGAAGGGAGCAGGGAGCAAAAAGGGACUGGGGAGGUACGGCAAAGGGAAUGAAUCCGGCAAAAAAAAGGGGAAGUCAGAGUCUCGGGCAUCUGUGUUUUCCAAUCUAAGGAUCAGAAAAAAUCUGUCCAAGGCUAAAGAUGGAAACAGCAGCUCGAGAGAGGAUGUUUUAGAAAGCCAGGCCUCACAAACAGGGGAGCUAGACAGCGCUCAUUCGAUUCUCACCAAAACUCCUGAUAUAAGCAUUUCUGCAGAUGAAGGGGGUCUCUCGGACACAGAUGUGGAUCAUUUUGAAAAUACAAAUGAAAAUCGUCCAGCUGCUGCCGACCCGCAGGAUGGACAAAGGACCAGCUCCGGCUCCGAUACGGACAUAUACAGUUUCCAUUCAGCCACCGAACAAGAGGAUUUGCUUUCUGAUAUCCAGCAGGCUAUUAGACUGCAACUGCAGCAGCAGCAGCAGGGGGCAAUUAACAUUGGAACGGAGCAGCAUGGCACCAAAACAAUGGACCUACACAUGGCUAAUUCUCAAGCAACCCCCUUAGGUUUUGAAAGGUUUCUUUCACUAAGCAGCGACAAAGACAGCAGUCCAGAUACUGAACAGCCUGUCUCAGCGAAAUCGGAAAUUACAGAAUAUAUUGCCACCUGCGAUACCGAAAGUGAAGCGAAAGAAGCGACAAACGUAAUGGGGCAUUCCUGCAGCAGUGUAUUCAGUAUGCAGGAAGAGCACGGGCAAUUGCCAGAGGAGCAGGACCAACCUGCUCGCGAACUGAAAGAUUUACCCCCUUUAAAUGCUGCAGUGACAGAGAAUGGGACUGUGCUAGGCAGUUCCUUGUUUAAUUUUCCAUCCCCAGCUGGCGAUUCAGAGGCUAAAGGAAUAGCUGUUGAAUUUUCAGAUUCAAAAAGAGAGGAUGAUAUUGUAAAUACAGGCCAUGAUCAGGUUGGUGGAGCCAAAGACAGGAAGCAGAGUUUGUCAGCCAGCAGAGAGGCGCUGGAUGAUGGGCUUUCUUCUGAAUUGAAAAAUGGUACUUUUUCCUCUGAGGAUCUCUCAAGCAGUCCUGUGCGUAGUUCCAAAUGUUUUAAGCCCUAUCCUCUCAUCAAUCCCUGCUACAUCAAAACCACCACUAGGCAGCUGAGUUCCCCAAAUCACUCACCUUGUCUCUCCCCAUCCCAGAGCCCACUCUUUAAAAGGAGACGCGAGUCCUCUCAGCGGAAAGAGAGUGCGCCAACCAAGAAGCAGAGGUCGGCCAGUUUGGCAGGUUCAUUUAGUCGAUCAGCAGACUGGACAGAUGAGAUUUCAGAUCACAGAGCUGAAAUAGCUCAAAAGUCAGGCUCGGCAGAUUUCUUGGAAUACCGGCGGAGUAGAGAUGGUUUUCAAGGCGAAAGAGUGCAUUUUAAUCACUCGAGAAAGUCGUCAGGGACACCAGCUUCUACUGAUGCCUUCCCCAAUGUGUUUAGAGGUCGAACUCUGCUGGAAAAGCUAUCCAGCCAGCAGGACAAUGCACCUCAAGAAGAAGCAGAGAAGCUUUGCUCUUGGAUCAUUGCAAUGGGUCUUCUGCUCCCCUUCAGUGAUUGCUUCAGAGAGCCAUGUAGCCAGAACACACAACAAAGUGCACCAACUUUUGAUCAAGAUCAGCUUUAUACUUGGGCUGCAGUCAACCAACCCACACACUCAUCAGAUUACAUUGAAGGAAGAUUUCCAAGGAGAAUUCCAUCAGUGUGGCCCCCUCCAAAGCCUCCAGAUGAAGGACAGAGAGUGAAACAUGCAGAAACAGGAAGUGAAACUGCCACUGUGGCAAGAGAGACAGAACAUACAGAAGAUGUUCGACAGGUACAGGAAGAUGUUGCAAUGAAAUCGGAAGAGCGGGCAAGCGAAAUUCAGCGACUUGAGCAGACCAUACAGGACCUGAAAACAAAAAUUGCAGAGUUAGAGAAACAGUUUCCAGUGGCAGAGGUGCUGAUUUCUAGUAGUAGUCAGUGGAAUGAGAGCACACAGCCAACGCCUGAAGGAUUCUCUAACACAGCUCUUCAAGAACAUACAUUAGGUGCCCUUCCCAAAAAUAUAAUUACAAAAUCUGUGCAGACUUCACCAACAGAUGAUUGUUUAACACACACAAUGCCUUCAGCCAACACACUGCCACAAGCACCUCUGCACCUCAAAGGGGAUCAGCAUCAAGGGCCAACUCAGCCAUUGCCAACACUUGAGCCACAACCCACCUUUUGCUCUGAAAUAUCUUUAGUCCUGUCUCCAAAACGGAUUUCAGUACAGUUGGAUGCUGACCAGGAGAAACUAACUACGUCACAACCUUCAGGACCUGAUGUUCAUUUGUCGUCACCUUUGUGUCAAGAGCAAUUGGUACCAUCAGCUUCCCACCCAGCUCUAAGCACUGAAAGUAUUACUUGCAGUGAACAUUCUCCUUCCUUAUCCUCUCAUCCCACAACUGGACUGUCUGCUUCGCUGCCUGGAGCAGGAGACUUAUUUUUAACUUCAUCCACGUCUAGUUCAUGUGUACAGUCUUCGUCGUCCCUACCUGCCUCAGGGUAUUCCCUGUCUUUGCCCGGCGCAAUGCCCCCUCCUGCCCCACCAUUGCCUGUUGAAGGGAUUCCUCCUCCACCACCUCUGCCUGGAAUGGACAUGCCUCCACCUGCUCCUCCUUUGUCUUUUGCAAGCAUCCCUCCUCCACCUCCAUUGCCUGGAGCUGGAAUGCCUACAGGCAUCCCACCUCCACCACCUCUUCCUGGAAGGGAAAUGCUACCUGCUCCCCCACCUUUGCCAGACAUUGGAGUGCCACCACCUCCACCUUUGCCAGCAGCAGCUAUUCUCUCCCCCCAUCUUGUGCCAGCUGUGGCAGCUCUACCGGGAAUGGGAGUGCCACCACCUCCGCCUUUGCCAGGCAUGGUGGCACCUCCCCCUCCACCACCUCUACCAGGAACAGGAGUGCCACCACCUCCACCUUUGCCAGGCAUGGUGGCACCUCCCCCUCCACCACCUCUACCAGGGAUGGGAGUGCCACCACCUCCACCUUUGCCAGGCAUGACGGGACCUCCCCCUCCACCACCUCUACCAGGGAUGGGAGUGCCACCACCUCCGCCUUUGCCAGGCAUGGUGGCACCUCCCCCUCCACCACCCCUACCAGGAAUGGGAGUGCCACCACCUCCACCUUUGCCAGGCGUGGUGGCACCACCCCCUCCCCCACCUUUGCCUGGUGCAGGAGCUCCCCCUCCUCCACCACCACCGUUGCCUGGUAUGGGUGCACCACCUCCUCCACCUGCUGGCCUUCCACAGCUUCCUGGGUUUCUUCCCCCUCCCUUGCCAGCUGGUUUAUUUGUAAUGGGGAUGAACCAGGAAAAAGGUAGCAGGAAACAUGCAAUAGAACCUUCUCGACCAAUGAAGCCUCUUUAUUGGACAAGAAUUCAGCUUCAUAAUAAAAGAGAUUCUAGUACUUCACUUGUGUGGGAGAAAAUUGAAGAGCCUUCCAUAGAUUAUCACGAAUUUGAAGAACUGUUUUCUAAGACAGCUGUUAAAGAGAGGAAGAAACCCAUUUCGGACACCAUCACAAAGACAAAGAACAAACAAGUUGUCAAGUUAUUAAGCAACAAAAGAUCGCAAGCAGUUGGGAUAUUAAUGUCCAGUCUUCAUUUAGACAUGAAAGAUAUACAGCACGCUGUUGUGAACUUGGAUAACUCUGUGGUUGAUUUAGAGACUCUUCAAGCCCUUUAUGAGAAUAGAGCACAAUCAGAUGAACUUGAAAAGAUAGAAAAACAUGGCAAGUCAAGUAAAGAAAAGGAGAAUGCCAAGUCUUUGGACAAACCUGAACAGUUUCUUUAUGAGCUAUCCCUCAUUCCCAACUUCUCAGAACGAGUCUUUUGUAUCCUGUUCCAGUCAACGUUUUCUGAAAGCAUUUCCUCCAUCCACAGCAAACUUGAAUUGUUGCAGAAACUGUGUGAGACACUGAAGAAUGGCUCAGGAGUUAUGCAGGUCUUAAGUUUGGUCCUUGCUUUUGGGAAUUACAUGAAUGGUGGAAACAGGACAAGAGGACAAGCAGAUGGCUUUGGGUUAGACAUACUUCCCAAACUGAAAGAUGUCAAGAGUAGCGACAACAGCAGAAGUCUUCUGUCAUAUAUCGUCUCAUAUUAUUUGCGUAAUUUUGAUGAGGAUGCUGGAAAAGAACAGUGCAUCUUCCCUCUUCCAGAGCCACAGGACCUUUUUCAAGCUACUCAGUUAAAAUUUGAAGAGUUUCAGAAGGAUCUCCGCAAACUUAAAAAAGACUUGCGAGGAUGUGAGACAGAAGCGGGCAAAGUUUGCCAGUUUUCAUUAGAAGAACACAUCCAGCCUUUUAAAGACAGCAUGGAGAAAUUCAUUAGUCAAGCUAAAAUUGACCAUGAAAUGGAAGAGAAAUCCCUGGAAGAGACACAUAAAAGCUUUUUGGAGACUGCAGCAUAUUUCUGCAUGAAACCAAAAAUGAGUGAGAAGGAGGUAUCACUAAAUGCCUUCUUCAGCAUUUGGCAUGAAUUCAGUUCUGAUUUUAAAGAGUUCUGGAAGAAGGAAAAUAAGCUCAUUUUGCAAGAAAGACUAAAAGAAGCUGAAGAAGUAUGUAGACAGAAAAAGGGGAAAUCUCUUUACAAUAUAAAACAAAAGCACGAUUCUGGAAUUAAAGCGAAGAUAAGUAUGAAAAUAUGAAGGUCAAACGGCACGCAUCAUUGUCCACCUGUUCAAUAAACUCAAUAAGUCUGAUGGGGGGAAGGAGACUACAUCACUUGACCCAUUUGUUUUCUUGACCUGUUUGCAUUUGUUUUCUGUUUCCACUGACUAGAAUCUGCUGGGCAUUCAUUGAUAAACAGAUUUGCUGUAUGGAGUGUCCAAAAUCAUAAAAGAUAUUAAUUUAAGGCAUGCCUCUUCCAUGCACUCCAUCUUGUCUUUUUCAUCCAAAUAUGCUUUUGCAAUGUAUUUGGAGGAAUACUAACAAUAACUAAAGCACCUGGUCUAAGAGGCAGUCAUUCAGUCUGCCCUAAACAUACUGAAACUAUAAACAUCUAUCAUACAAACACUACAUUUCCAUUCCUGUUGGCAAGAUCUUUCCAGAGCAAAUACACUGCAGUGCUACAUUUAGAUUAGGGCUACUUCUUGAGAAUUGUUCGUAUCUGUUUCAUAUUGACAUUUGUAAUCUGUAUUUUGAAUGGGUAAACUGCUCCUUUUACACUAUAAUACAUUUCCAAAACAAGGUAUGUUCAGCACAGCAAAUCUUUACAGUUGACAAGGCGGGACAUUAUCUCUGCAUUUUCUGCCACAUAAUAAAGCAGGGGUGGGGAAUUUGUGAUUUUUCAAAUGUUGAUAAACAACAACUCCCAUAAGCCCCAGCCAUCAUGGCCAGUAGUCAGGGAAGAUGGGGACUGUAGUCUAGCAGUAUCUGGAGGUUCAUAAUUUCCCCAUCCAUGUACAAAAGAUGGAAACAAAGGAAGGCUACUCAAGGCUGCAGCACAGCGUAGGAAUCAUUUGAAGGAUACUAAACAGCCUUUGGUUUGCUACAAACAUUU